UGCUGGGGCUGCAAGGCCCGCUCGCAGUCCGAGCCUGCUGCUGGCCUCUGGCUCGCACGCCUCCCUCGUGACUCUUGCUUGAGGACUUGCUCCUGAAGGAUGUGUCUGAGCUCGCUUGCUUAUCGCAGAGCAGGGGGCCGAGGGGUGACGGAGCUCCUGAAAGGUGACAGAGCUCCCCGCCAUUGUCCACCUUGCAGAGAUGAAAGCGGAGCCCACAUGUGUUUCUUGGGUGACUGGUGAAUGUUGGAAAAUAUAUUUUGAGGCUCUAGAAGAAGGAAGGCCAUAGAAUAUGGUGCGUACAUCUCCUUCCAUGGAACCCAGCUUGUCGUCCCUUGGAGAUAGAACCAUACCCUCCAGGCCGAAAAGAAGCUGUUGAAGGGCUGGGGAUUGAGUCCAGGAUCAUGUGCAAGGGGUCUCCCUACUUCGCGGCCACACUGGCUGCAAAGAUGAUUCCAUGGAAGAGGCUCUGCCGGCAUUACCAUGUGUGGGUCCUGGGCUGCUACCUGGUGCUGGCCGUUGUUGCCUUGAGACUUUCUCUCAGACUGAAGUGUGACUUUGAUCAACUGUAUUUGGACUCCAAGGAAUUUCCCACUCGGUACUGUAGGAAUAUCCUGUACAGAUCCCUGAGGCUUCCAGCAAAGAGGUCUGUCAACUGUUCGGGGAUCACCAGAGGGGACCAGGAAGCAGUGAUCCAGGCUGUCCUGAAUAACCUGGAGGUCAAGGAGAAGCGGCAGCCUUUCUCAGAGGCAGACUACGUCACCAUGACCAGAGACUGUGAGGCCUUUAAGGCCCAGAGGAGGUUCGUGCAGCUUUCGCUGAGCAAAGAGGAGGUGGACUUCCCUAUUGCUUACUCCAUGGUGGUGCAUGAGAAGAUCGAGAACUUUGAGCGGCUGCUGCGAGCCGUGUAUGUGCCCCAGAAUGUCUACUGCAUCCACGUGGACGAGAAGUCUCCAGAAACAUUCAAAGAGGCGGUCAGGGCGAUCGCUUCCUGCUUCCAGAAUGUCUUUGUGGCCAGCAAGCUGGUUCCGGUGGUUUAUGCUUCCUGGUCCAGGGUGCAGGCCGACCUGAACUGCAUGGAGGACCUGCUACAGAGCCCAGUGCCCUGGAGGUACCUGCUGAACACUUGCGGGACAGACUUUCCUCUUAAGACCAAUGCAGAGAUGGUCCAGGCCCUUAAGAUGUUGAACGGGAAGAACAGUAUGGAGUCAGAAAUACCCAGUGAAUACAAAAAAACCCGCUGGAAGUACCACUAUGUGGUGAAGGACACGCUGUACAUGACCAACAGGAAGAAGGGUCCUCCCCCUAAUAAUGUGACCAUGUUCACCGGCAACGCCUACAUCGUGGCUUCUCGAGACUUCGUUCAUCACGUCUUGAAUAACCCCAAAUCCCGACAGCUGAUCGAAUGGGUCAAGGACACCUACAGUCCUGAUGAGCACCUCUGGGCUACCUUGCAGCGGGCCUCCUGGAUGCCUGGCUCCUCCCCCCAGCACCCCAAGUACGACAUCUCAGACAUGGUCUCCAUCGCCAGGCUGGUCAAAUGGCAGCAGCAUGAGGGCGAUGUGAGCCAGGGGGCCCCUUACGGGCCCUGCUCUGGGGUCCACCAGCGGGCCAUCUGCAUUUACGGGGCGGGGGACCUGCACUGGAUGCUGCAGAACCAUCACCUGCUGGCCAACAAGUUUGACCCAAAGGUGGACGACAAUGUUCUGCAGUGCCUGGAAGAGUACCUCCGGUACAAGGCCGUCUACGGGGUUGGGCUGUGAGGCCACCGCAGAGGGGCUGCCGUGGAGCAGGAGCAGGUGCCACUCGGCCGAGCCCUCU